UGGGGUCGAGAGAGCCCAGAAGGGCGCGACCCGGGGCGGAAGGGCAGGAGCCUCCCUGGGGCCGGCCUCCGGAGGCUAUCCUGUGGAGCGAGGUCUCGUCACUUCCUGGGGGGACAUGGAGACAGUGUGGAAGUAUAUCUAUGACUGGAACCUGAAACUAAAGCCCAGUGAGGUCCCAGUCUUGAUUACUGAGCCAGCCCUGAACCCACUGGUCAACCGGCAACAGAUCACUGAAGUGUUUUUUGAGCAUCUGGGUGUCCCUGCUUUCUAUAUGUCCACCCAAGCUUUGCUGGCUCUCUUUGCUGCUGGCUUUACUACUGGCUUGGUGCUGAAUUCGGGGGCCGGGCUUACCCAAUGUGUGCCAGUCUUUGAGGGUUACUAUCUGCCUUAUGGUGUACAACAGCUACAUCUGGCCGGCCUGGACCUCACCAACUACCUCCAGAAGCUGCUGAUGGACCACGGUAUCGUGCUGCUUAGUGGUGCAGACAGAAAGACUGUCGCAGACAUUAAGGAGACCUUUUGUUACGUGGCAGUGAACUAUGAAGAGGAAAUGGCCAAGAAACCCCGUUCCCUGGAGAAAGUUUAUGAACUACCUGAUGGAAUAACCAUCAGACUUCACGACCAGCUCUUUCAUUGUCCAGAGGCCCUCUUCUCUCCAUGUCUCCUGAACGUUGACGCCCCUGGCAUUGAUAAGAUGUGCUUCAACAGUGUAAUGAAAUGCGACACAGACCUGAGGAAUUCCUUCUUCUCCAAUAUUGUCCUUGCUGGGGGAUCGACCUCCUUCCCUGGCUUAGACCAGCGGCUGUUUAAAGACGUAGCAAAGAUGGUGCCUGCUAACACUCCUGUACAGGUUACAGCUCCCCCAGAAAGGAAAUUGUCAGUGUGGAUGGGGGGUUCUAUUCUCGCCUCCCUGUCUGCCUUCCAAGACAUGUGGAUCACGGCUGAAGAAUUCAAAGAAGUUGGACCCAACAUAGUACACCAAAGAUGCUUCUGAAAUACAGACGAAGUGGUUAAAAGAAAACACUUUGAGGUAUACGCAACAAAGUUUUGGAUGCUAUGUUCCAGAACAAAAAAUAUUUCAAUUACUGGGAUGUUCAUGUCUUUGUUGUAUUUCUGUAAUGGGAAUAAUUACAGUGAUGAUAAUAAUGGUCAAACAGAGUUUACUGAGUUGGAAUCAAGUCAAAUGCUAGAGGAAACACUAUUCUUUGCCUUGGAGACAGCUUACAUUUUUUUCUUGGAGCGAAAGUGAUUUGUGGAAUGAUAUGCUAUGUGCCAAAUGAGUGAUGAUUUAAGUUUGUUGAAGCUUAGGGAAAGAAGGUUGAUGUGAUGAGGAAAGACUUUGUAACAGGUAUGAUGGAAAGGGUGGAGGAAAGACAUUGUGUCCACACAGGCUAAUGGAGUGAGCAGAGGACGCAUAAAGCUUGCUGAAGUUGUACUUAAUUACUGAAAUGAAUACUCUUGUGGGGCAGAGGACUGGCCAUGACUAGGAAGGUAAAUUAAGGCCAAGAAUUGCAAGGCUUUAAGUGUUAAAUUCCUUCGGGCAAAGGAGAUCAUCUAAAGAUUUAAAAGCAGUAGACAAAUGAAAUUAUGUUAGGAUGAAUGUGGUGGUAGUUUGGAGAAUAAGUUUGAGAAGUCCCUGGAGAUUCAGUAAUCAGAAAGUUAUAGUUCAGAUGUAAAGUAGCUACCUCUCGUGAGCAGAAUUAUAAGCAAUAGGAAUUAAAAAGAUGAAAUUACAAAAACUGACAAGACUUGUUGCCUGAUUAGACAGGCAACAUGAAGGGGAAAGAUGGGUAUGACACAGGGCCUCGCACCCGUAUUUUAUAGAGAAGGAAAUUUGUUUUCAAAAUGUUUAAAUUUGCUUACAUCAUGCAGUAGGUGGCAGAGUCUGAAUGCAAACAUGCAUUUUGCCCCUAAUUCAAAUAGAAAGGCAAUCUAUUAGGUUUAAAUUCUAGCUGUCCUUCAGGUAUUGCCCCAAAGCUUUAGUUAUGAGAAAGACUUUGAGUUCUCAACUGGCAUUGAAACUUGUUUAUAAAAUAGAGAAUUUAGCUGGACACGGUGGUGCAUGACUGUGAUCCCAGCAUCUGGGAGGCUGAGGCAGGAGGAUCCACUGUGAGUGUGAGGCCAACCUGGCCUAAAUAUUGUGUCCAAGGUUGACCUGAGCUGCAUAGCAAGACUCUGUCUCCAAAAACAAAACAAAAAUCAAAUCAAAGAAUUUAUGGGUCCAGUUCAGAUACUCCCUUCUCUGUGGAAUCUAAAGGUUUUCUUUGUGUUGCGCACCACAUUCUUGUGCUUCUGUUGACCCCUUUGUUUAUGAGAUUGUUACGGAAGGAAUUGGCAAGUGGCACACAGAGAGGCAGUGGAAUGGAAGUAAAAUAAAAAAGUUUACUCCAUUGAUGGGGAUCGAUGACACCUAAGGGUGGUGCCCUGAUCAACUCCCCUUUGGGUUACAACUCCUUCUUUUAUAGGGUUUUACAGCUUUGUUCUUACUCAGUUGGUUACACUGCAU